AGAUGUCUGGGCGGUCAUCCGAGCAAGCAAAUCGUCCUGCAGCUGAGUCAGAUGAGACGAGGGUGCCCAGUCUAAAGAGAGACCUGAAGAAGGGCAGUACUUCGCGCUCACCCAAGACCUUAUCUACUGCUGUGAAAAGGUAAACUACAGAGGCUCUAUUACAAGACACAUUACAUCAACUAAGGGGUCAGUCUUAUCUUCAUUAUAUUUCUGGGAGUACACCGAGUUCACCAUAGUGCCUGUGUUGGGCAGACCCUUGUCUCGCUUCGUGCUUCUCUUAGUUGCGUGUAACUAACUGAGCGUGUUCACUUGAUGCUCAAUUUCACGAUUAAUUUGCAUGUUAACUUUUCCUUGCCCGCGUGCGCUAAUCACGCGGUGUUUGGCAUCCACGAAUGCUUUGAUCUGUAGCGAAUAUUUGUAAUAAUCGCCUCUUGUGAUCAAAUUGAGACAAAAUGCUUUCAUUCAACGAAAGGAAGCGCCAGUCUGCGAACACGACUCCAAGGCGUUUGUGAUGCUUAUAUUGACGAAAGACCUUAUCUUUGUUUGCAUUAAACAGAUGCAAAUUGGAAUUAUCAGCUCUGUUAGUAGGAGUUAGUCUUUAGAAUAUUUAUUUCCUCAAUAAAUAGCUGUGUUUUCUCUACAGAAUUCAGAGAGAAUUGGCGGAGAUAACGCUCGACCCACCGCCUAACUGCAGGUAACGACUUAAGCUCUCAACCCCUUGUUUGGAAAACAAUAGAAUUGCGGCUUUUGUCAUGUGAAAAUAAGGAAGAAUUCGACAUUCACGCGGAGACCGAAUAGUUCCAAUUUUUUUCCCAAAGAGAUGGUUUUUUUGAAUAAAAACUCUUUAAAAUGGAGAAAAAGCGGAUUGGGUCAAUUAUUCUCAAGUGAUAAGUCAUUUAAGGCGACUCACGGUAUUUUAAAGUGUACGAAGGCUUUGUCUUCAAAACCAAAACUAAUUAUUCGCUUUUGGCACUGUGUGUAUUUUGAGACCGCCUUAUAUUCGGAGGUUGUUUCUUUUUUAUUUAUUUUGCACAGCAAAGCAAGCUUAAGGGUCAAGGUGUACUAAAUUUACUUUCGUAGUAAAUUGCGUACCGUAUUUCCCGACGUAGCUACGUCGAUUUACGGCCGAAGAGGCCCAGAAUAGCUCAGAAUCAAGACUUGUCCUUAAUUUAUGCAAAGACAAGCACCUGCUUCGCAUCACGUAUUAGUUGCCGAGGCGAGUUUACAUAACAACUUCAACCAUGGACGGACUUACAUGGUGUAAGCAGCCAAGAAAAAAUAGAUACCAUGAAUAUUGGACACAUCUUAUUAGUGUAGGGAUCAACGAAAAAGGAACUCCCCGCCGCUCCUAGCCUCGGUUUUAUACUAUAGAUUUGUGCUCUAGUAUUCCCGGUGAAAGAUUAUUGUUUUUAUUCACAUUCUGUCCGAGCAACGUCCUCAUAUUUAUAUUUUCGUUAAUAAAAGACUUAAUUGUUGAAAGCUACAUCAACAUCAAAAGGCCUUUGCUACAUACAUGGAUGAACAUGACGUCGUCAGUAAGUUCUGCUGCACAUUCGUGGGAAACUUGUUUUGACAUGGAAGAGGAAAUAAAAAUAAUCGCCGUGGUUAUUACAUGAAAGACGAGAAAUCUUCCUCUUAGUUUUCGACUUGGUUUUCCCGUGUUUUAGUUUGAAACCCUUUUUUGUCUUAAAGCAAACUUAUCAUCACCGCUCUUCGAUUCUUCUAGUUUGGUUUUGAAAAAACAAAAUUAUAUCAGGAAAUAGAAAAUGAUCCGUAGUGCUUAUCAGGAGUUAACUCUUGGCUUCUUGCUUGACGUUCGGUGUCAUUAAUUUCUUAUCCUUCAUGGGUUAUUGUUGGCGAAAUUGCGGCCUGUAAAACCCGCCGUAGUUGUGCUAAAAUGAAUUAAGCGCAACUGUUUUCACUGUUCAUUCUGUCUUAACAAGGUUUCCGACAUCCUUUGUUUGUUGAGUAUAAACAUGUGGCUUUGAGCAUACUGGUGACAUUUUACUGUGUAUUGGACGAGAAGUUUUUUAUGACCGUAUUAUUAGUGAUGUCGUUAUUUGAAGGAAGCCCAUUUUUAGAGCUAAUUACUGGGAAACCGACACCAAACUCUAUCUCUCUCUUGAACGAUAUUGUAACCCCGAACGUCUCAAAAUACCUCAUUCACAUUAAUCAACCGCAGACACCCACCUGAAUUACGUGGGCAGUAACAUUCAGUGGGCGACACGGUCAAAGCCCCUAGCCCUAGCGGUUAUAUUUUACAGGAAACAAAUUAACACGUAACUCAAUCUUAGAAAGAGCUGUUAUCUGUUUUUCCGGUUGGUAUUUCAUUUCGUCUGACCUAGAGUGCGUGAGUGAAAAAAAGUACGCCGGUCGCAAAUUUUCGAAGUGGUGAUGGAAUCUACCAGUGGUGUCACAGUAAACCCGCGAAAGUAGGGAUCUCUUCACCGCUAAGUGCCCGAGCGUAAUCGCUCAAAAAUGAAUUAACAUAACCUGGUGAGAACGCAUUAUGAUUCAAAAUGCGCAACUACACGCCUACACAGAAGUCGUUUCUAUAGAUCCUGUACGAAAGACGUUUCCUUGUAUUCACGAACCUCGCGCGCUCACUAAAAGAAGUUGAUUGCUUGGUAGGGUAACUUGUACUCGAGCGGCGAACCCUUAAGACACUUAGGGUUACAAAUUCCCUGAGUUCCUGCAAUCAAAAUCAGAAAAAAAAACAAUCGUUUUGUAAAAUACCACACGGUACAAAACAGCACUGAUAAAACAGCACCGUUCUUUAGAGCCCGCUCAAGACUUGAUCUUAAAUGCCGUGUCAGACUUUACGAUUUCAUGUACAGUCUCUAAAUUUGGAACCGCCUUAUACAACGUAAACAAUGUCGUCGCAAAGUACUGCUCUGGCUUUCAUUUGAAUAGUCACGUCUGAGGAUUUCCUCUACAGACUCAAACGUUAGAAUUAAAUCGCGGGUUUUACCUCCCAUAGGAGAGUAAUGCUUUUGUUUCUGAUAACCAACAUGGCCGCCGUGACGUCAACACCAAAGGAGCAAUAUAGAGUGGAGAAGUGUGACGUCACGUUACUAUGGUAGCAAAAUUUCGGGUUCACAGAUUUAGAUUGGCAAAAGAACAACUUUGCUUGAGCAUCACACUUUUUUGUACAUUUCUUAGCCGUUGUUGCACGACUGCGCCAUGGAACUUCCCAAUUUCACUCGCCCGCUUUAUCGAGUGGGUGAACACGACACAAAAAUUUUCUUUUUCUUUUUCUAAACUUAGAGACGGUCCUGUCGGAUUUAACCCAGAAAAUUUCGCCAACGUUUGACAAAUUAAAUGAAAUUAAAUAAAGAUCGAUGUUGUUUGAAACAGGGCAAAUCCACUUUUUAAGUGACGUUUUGAUUUGUCGACAUGUAGAAAUUUUGCUACCAUGGCAACGUGACGUAAGCGACUUCCCCUCUCCAUUGCAUUUGCAAGAAAAAAGCCCCAUAGUGCAAUUCGACAUCACUCUGACCCAGUCUCACUCUGAUCCUUAAAGUGGCCUUCAUGUAAAAUGGUUGUGUUUGUUUUUACAGCGCGGGUCCCAAGGGAGAUAAUCUUUACGAAUGGAACUCCACAAUUCUAGGACCCCCUGGUUCAGUAUACGAAGGAGGAGUGUUCUUUCUUGAUAUCCAUUUUCCUACAGAUUACCCGUUUAAGCCUCCCAAGGUACGGAAAACUACAUUUGCAUUCACUUCCUUGCUUAGUCCCUGUACGGCGUUUUCCCAGGCCUUCUCGGUCAAUUCACUUCGGUGACGAAUCCGAGGCGAACGGGCGGGAAACGCCAUCACUUCUUCGCUCGGAGCACGUGACCCGAAACGAAUUGGCCGCGCGGAAUAAUGAGGCCUAGGGACUAGGCUAUUCACUUCCAAGUAUGACAACGAUACGACCUUAACCCUUUGAGCCCUAUGAGUGAUCUGCAUCAAAUUUCUCCUUGUAAUAUGAAUGUUUUGAUCACACAAGAUGAAUCUACUUGAUAUUUUAUCAACUUCUCCCCACUACUUCUGUAGGACAUGAAUAGCGGCAACAAAUGAGAAUUCAAAAUUUGAUCUUGGGGUUUAAAGGGUUAAAGGGGCGAGGUCAGGCUAUUUGCCAUCCUUUUAAAAAGUUCAAAAGUGUGUUCGCAUCAAUCGAAUUCCAAAAAAAAUGGACUAGUUUGGUUAUUUAAGACCAUAUUUAGGUACUGAAACUGUUUCUUGUCGUCUGUUGCAACAGAUGGCGAAAAUGGACAUGGAUUGAACUUGAUAAGAUUGGGCAAUGUUUUCGUAACGUUGUAAUGCUAUGUCUGCUGUGCCCCUUGAUGAAAUUUUUUUUGGAUAUCUUGCAUCUGAGACUAGACUUGUAUUUUUUCAGGCUCCUGAUUUUUUACAUUGACACUGAAACUCUGAUGCUUUCUGUAUUAUCAUUCAGGUCACCUUUCGAACAAGAAUAUAUCACUGCAAUGUGAACAGUCAGGUGAGGUGCUUUGCCGUAGGCCUUUUUUUUUUUUUCAGAAUUUUAAUGAUAGGUUUCUAACUAAGCUUUAGUCUGAGGCGUUUGACUUACCUGGUAAUGAACGCUCAGAGCCGGGUACAUUGAUCGCGGCCACAAACUUGAAAGCUGUGAAAGAUUUGAAGCCAGGAGUCAUUUCUUAAGUAGGUUGAGUAUGAUCGUCCGCGUGAAGGUAGUCCUGAAUAGGACUGUUGUUGAUAGUGACUGACGUUUCGACAACCUGUGCGGUAGUCAUCUUCAGAUUCAAAGUGAGUUGUAUCACGUCAGUUGACGGUUUUAAACUCUGGUUAUUGAUCCGAUCAAAAAUUGACAGCAAUAGAAAAACUAAGGGCGGAGGGGAUUUCCCUUCCUCUAUUCUGACCUGUCAAUCACUGUUUGGCUCACCCCAACUCUCUGUCAGUUUCAAAGUCUAAGAUGGCGGAAGAACAUUGGUAUCAUCGUUCGCGCUGCAAAAUGCGCUUACUUUUCGGGCUAGCAUUCGACAUCCUUGUCAUUUCCACCGAGAAUAAGAAGCAUACGGCACACAACGUGGCAAAACAUGAACCAGCCAGUUGGAAGUCGUCCUGAGUUUUUGCUAAUUUGAACAGAAAAUGGCGCGAUAUUCUUAGACCUGGCUUGAAACUGUAGGCCCGUAGUAAUGCCAGCCUCCCAUGCAGACAUUCUUAGGGUUCACGUUCGUCACGCACGGGAGGACUGAACGCGUGACGAAGCCCUCCUGAACCUCGGCGUGGGAGGCUAUAGCAAAAUUUUAACUUUUAAACCGGUUUGUGGAAACGCCGCUAUCGCGGAACUCUCUCUCUCGCUAGGAGCACCAUAGGUGAUAAAAUUUGGUUAUCUAGGCAUCCGAGAAAAUUUGGUAAUCACGUGACCGUCCGUCCGUCCACACCACAGGGGAACCAUUGAGAAAUGUCCUUUUCAAACAACUGUAGCAGCCUGCAACCUGCGUUUAAUUGACAGCUGCCAAAACAGGGGAUCCGCUGACCAGUAUCACGUGACUAUAUCGCGGGCUUUAAUGUCAACUUACCUGGGUUACGUGUUUUUUGAAAUAUUUCGCUGACCAGGUAUGAGCGGUUAAUUGAUCGCAGGCGCAAGUCAAAUUCAAGGGAUUGGAGAAAGACUAAUUCCCAGGGAAGGCCAGACAGAAGUCCAAAUAAUGACCGUCACAAUGCAUUAACGGUAGCUUCGCUUUUAGCUUUGGCUAAAUCUAUAUGUUUAGCUUAGGGUGGGAGUUGGUCACUCCUGGUUAUUUUUAACGUUAUGACUAAGAUGCUGUACCGUUGUUACAGGGUGUGAUAUGUCUGGACAUUUUGAAAGACAACUGGAGUCCAGCACUCACCAUCUCUAAAGUUCUUCUCUCAGUUUGUUCUCUUCUUUCUGACUGCAAUCCAGGUAACGUAGGCAGUAGACUCUUAUGUAAACCUGUCUUAUGCAACCCUAGCACCCAGGUAGGGUUACUCUAGCUUCAGGGUAACUUGCCUGCCUUGUAAACACGUCUCCCCAAAAGAGGAAAUGUGCGAAUGCUGUAGGGUAACCCCCUUGCAAGGGUAACCCUCAGGGGCACCCAACCAGGAUAUAGUUCAAAACCACUUAAACAUAGCAUUGUUAAACGUGUUUUAGUAUUUAACAGGUAGAUAUAGGCAUAUGUUUAUCCCUUAAAAAUUUUUCAUCUGUUCGGAUUUCCUAGCUGAAAGUCUAGUGAUCCGAAAAUUAUAGGGAUCAAAACUUACCUUUUCGAAAAUUUCAGCCACAAAAAAAGUUCCCAAAAAUUGUUGGUGACCUUUUUAGGGUAAAAAUCGGUUAAAAAUGGGCAAUUGUACCAUUUUUUAGAUGUUCGAAAAUGCUGGGAGAGGCAUUUAAGUAAGAAAUAUUACAACAAAUGUUCCGAAAAUUCUAGAUCUCAAAUCGUCUUCCGAACAGAUAUUCGAAAAUUGACGUUGGCUGCCCCUGAACCCAAGCACCAGAGUUACCCUCCCCCCUUGUAAACAGGCUCUUAGGGUCAGAUUGGCCCGGUUUGCCAGGAUGACUUUUUUUGCCGAAGUGACUUUUAUCCCUCUCUGACAUGAAGCGAGCCAGGCCGGCCAUGUUAACAGAGACAUUGGAAGUAGUGCGCAGGAGCAGUAUUUUACCCGCUGUCCUUUGCUGGUUUUGUUCGUCGGCGGCUCGCCUAGCUUUUGUGUUUACACGGAAAAUUUCCCGCCGAGGAGCUGGUAUCCCGGUAUCGUGAUUCGGGAAUCCCAGCUAACCGGAUUGGCUCGGUUGUCAAGUAAUCACGAUGUUGAUUUUUGUCGAAAUUAUUGAACGUACCAAGAUUUGGACAAAUCGAGCCAGCCGCCCUUAAGUAAUAAGCUCCUUAGUACCCCUCCAAAAUAAUUCUACUAAUUACCAUAUUUAUUUGAUUAAGCACCUAACUCCAAAAUAAGCGCCCAGCCUCGAAUAAGCGCCCACCCUUGCCACUAAUAUUGACCCUACUGACAGUGCGAAUAAAAACUGACCAAGUGUUUUGCUGUUUUUCACCAUGUCGUUGCAAAAUUUAUUUUACCGCUGAAUAUGGUGAAAAUUAAAUAAGCGCCCAUUCUAAAAAUUACAGUAUGUUAACUUUGUGAAAUUUCCUGGUUUCAGCUGACCCUCUGGUGGGAACCAUAGCGACUCAGUACCUCUCCAACAGAGAGGACCACGACAAAACAGCAAGAGAAUGGACCAAAAGAUAUGCCACAUGAAAAAUUUCCCCUGCAACAAUGUAAAUAGUCAGCAUUUAGUCAAUUGGGACGUCUUUAAUAAUUUAAAUAUAAAAUGAAGUAUUCUGCGUCUCACUUGGACGCAAAGAAAAAACCCGUUGUCGCGUAGACUUGGAUUAUUAAUAUCAUUAUUAUUAUUUUUCCAAACGCUUUCAAGUUUGCGCACGGACGAAAAAUUCGGAGGAUGUUACUUUUUCUUUCCAUUCUUUCUUUUCUUCGAGUUAUAUUUUUGCACUGAGGCCACGUUCACACUUAUUAAGAAAACGCACCAAAAAUUCCGCUCUCGUGGUAUCGUUUUCGCAUCGUUUCAGGUCGUUAAGCUAAUAGCCCAUUCACACCAAAGGUUGAGCAUGUUUAAAAACUGUCAGUAAAUACUGUUUAAAAUUAUUUUCUCUAUCAACACUGCUUACUGUCUUUGAAAUUACGUGACAUGUCUAAAUUCAUUUGAAUCUUGUGUAAAGACCCGUGUUUCAGUUUUCCAUUACUAUUUAUUUUUAACCUGGUCUAAUUAAACUUGUUUACUUGAUCUGCUUGGUUACCCUUUUUCGAUGGUUACAGGUAGGGUCACUCUCCUAGCCUAGCCUGUGUAUAGACGCCCCCUCCCCUGAAAAAAAAUAGAUUUUUCUCUAAGGGUAGAGGGACGUCUGUACACAGGCUAUCCUAGUUGGGACAAACGUUUUUUCCAUAUAAACAGUUUGGCUCGCCCAGCCGGGUCAACUCGGUCAAGGUGAGACAAAAAUCAAUUCAAUGAAAGACAUGUUAUUCAUCGUAGUUUGACUUUUAUUGCUAAGGCCCUGUUUACAUGCAGAAAACUUGUCCCGCGGUAGACGGGUCACUCGCCUACCCGACUGGAGCUACGGUGGACGAGCCAAGGUUUUCAUAAAUUUCCUUACAAAACGUGGCGAACCGUUUAGGGUGAUCCUCCUAGCCAGGUCAAUUGUUAUUGAUGACACAUAAGCUCGCCCAGCCGCGUCGACUCGGUCAAGGCGAGACAAUCAGAGCAUGGACGAGUACUGUUGUCAGCUCUUGCCUCGGGCAAAGGGGUGAACUUUCUUCUCAAAUAAACGUUUGCUUAAGUUGAAUCGGUUGUGAGGGUAACCCUCUUUGCCGGGACAUCUUUUCUUCAUAUAAAUGGGCCUUAGACGUGUGUGCGAUACCGUCGCACCGCCUUGUAUACACGUCAUACAUACGUAGUUAUGACGUCAGCAUUUUCGAAAACCUCGUCCUUACUGGCGAUAGUCUCCACCCUUGUCAGCGUUUUCAAA